AUGUCGGAUGAUCGAGGUGAAGAGAAUGUGGAAGAGCUGGAUCUGCACGAUUCGGAGGCAGUUCAAGCUCGGAUUCAACAGUUAACGCUGAUUAUUGUAGACUUGGAUGACGCCGCUCAAGCGUUCAAGUUACUAGCAGAGAAACAGGCUGCCGAGAUUAAUGCUAAGGAAAUUCUACUAGCCCGGAAGACCGAAUAUGUCGAUGAGUUACUUGAACAAAUCAACACGUUGACGAUGAGACUUGACGCCAAGACGAACGAGACUCAAGUAAUGGAAACAAGGAUGCACAAAGUGAGUGCUCAGAUGGAGGAGCUUCGUGAACAGGUGAAGAAAGACGAAGAGGACUUCGCUAUGGUUUGUGCUGCGUUGGAUUCGAGAGAGCAAACGUUGGUUAAGAAGAAUGGAGAACUUACAGUAGCGAUUGAGAAGGAGAAGCAGCUGAGAAAAGAAAUCGAUCGACAUCAAGGAGUUAUUCGUCGGUUGGAGAAGAACGUUGAGGAAUUGCAACCAGAGAAGGCAGACGCGUGCCUUUCGCCUCGAAGUUUCCAUGAAAACCAGUUAAUUCGCCUACGAGACGAUGCGAUUGAGGCCAAAACUCGAGAAGUUUGGCUGUUAUCAGGUCAGAACGACCAGCUACGAGUGCAACUUGAUGAACUGGAAGCUGCACUGGAGCAAUUACAGAGAAAUGUCAUCUCUAAGGAGAACGAUAUAGUGCGACGACAACGUAAAAUUGAUCGAUUGGAGGCAGAAAUUGACGCUCUGCAGGUGAGUCGCAGUCAGGCAGAAGGCCGUGAAAAGGCCAUGGAGAUUGCUACGACCCAGAACGAGAAAUUGUUGCAAGCUCUUGAGGCUCAGGAGCGAAAUACUGAAGAACUUAAAGCCAGACUCGACGACAGAGAACGAGAGUGUGAGCAGCUUCGCAGUUCGCAUCGGGACCACAUUGAACGUUCAGCCGAGAGCGAAGUGGAAGUUCUGCAUCGAACGAGACAGGCAGAGGAAAAGGCCUCAGCGGUGGGUGCCUUACAGGAAAAACUCCACCGAGAACGAAAAUUUUUGCAGGAGGAAUUGUCGUCUUCACAUCUGAAUCAUCAAAUGGAGAUCGAAAAGCUGCAAGGAGAACUGGUAAAGCGACGCAAUAAGCAGUACGAACUAACGCUAAAGUUACAGGAUGUUGAGACUCGACUGCAUGAAGCAGUUGAUCGUCGUGAAAACGCUGAAGAACAGUUAAUGGCUGCGCAGUGUCGGAUGCAGGAGCUUGAGCGGGUGUUGCGAGAUUCUCUGGGCUGUAAAAAGCAGCUAGAGACGCAGUUAUCUUCACAAAAGGCUAGUGAUUUUCAAGAGUUUGAGAAGCAGAGUAAAAUCCUUAUUGGAGCAAAGAAUGAGAUCAGAGGACUACAGAAACAGCUAGAGGAAAUGAAGGAAGCAAUAACUAAAAGAGUGGCGUUAGAAAAGCAACAAGAGCUGAGAAAUCGAGAAACUAGGCAGCUUUUAAGUGCACAAGAAGCACUUACACUCGAGCAGAGGGAGCGAAUCCAUCGACUUGUUAAAGAUGUCAAUCGCGAGUCUCAAGCCCGAGCAGCAUUGGAGUUGGAGAAGACGUUAAUGAGAGACCAACUUGAAGCACUACGUCGGCAAAGCGAGAGUAAUGUUCUCGAAUGUCUGGGACAAAAGAAGCAAAUUCAAGACAAAAGACAGAGACUGGCGGAGAAAUUCACGGAACUAACAACAGAAUUUCAUACCCUGCAAACUGCCAAGUCGAAGCUCGUGAAUAAGUAUGCAGACAUAUUUGGUAAAGCUGUAUCUUCAAACGGUAUAGUUUGGCCUUCUUCGGACUGCUUGGAACUGCGCGAGUGCUGGCUUGUAGAUGAUGAUUUGCGACCAAUUUUGAAGGUGCUGGACAGUGAAGGUCUGGGAAGGCUGAAACGCGUCGAUUUGCGCUACAACCGAAUUACAAGCGAGGGGAUGGGUCGAUUACUUGUGUUUCUUAAGAAAUUGGUGGUUGGACUUGUCAAUGUCGAGAUCAAUAUGGCCAAAAUUCGAGAAAUUGAUCUUCGUCAUAACUGCGUUUCGCUUGAUGGUGUUCGUGUUGUGGCUAAAGGACUUGAGACGCUUAUCCCCAGUAAGAGCACCACUAAUGGCUUGAAUGGUCUGAAAAGUGUUACGGUUACUGAUGACGGGAGGAUAGAGGUCUUCGCACGUGAUAAUAAUCGCUCUGGAAGUACCAGCUACGGUGUGGAGGAUACAGUAUCUGCGGCCCCUAUCUUGGUUGUCAAUAUCUCAGAGAAUGUGGAUGCAGACUGGCUGAUCGCUGAAUCGCGGCGAUUCCAAGCAGAAUCUCGACGUCGCGGUAAAGACUCGGAUGAUCCUGCAGCAAGCAAUAACAACCGAGGCAACGGCGCUGCACAGCUCUUGAAAGAUGCGCUAUUUUCAAGUCGCGAUAAAUGUUUAGAAGAGAUUUACGGCGUGGACUUGGUAAGAGCGUUCAUGGGCGAAUCUGAAUCUGGCAACAGUACCAAGACUGGCGUUACCAAACGCAAAAGUAUGAGUACGGACAACCCUGCACGCCUUCUCUCACCAACAUUGUCACCAAUGUAUGGAGAUAGAACAUCGUCUCCAAAACGAAUCGAAAGUGCGUCACCACGUACUGGACUUUGCAGUUCAAUAGAUCAAUUACCCACACUCGCAAUCUGCAAUCGAGAUAGUGGUACGUCGCCGCGUUCAUCGUCAUCUCUAUCGCUUCCAAGAUUAUCAGGCUAA